AUGAACCAAACAAUAAAAAUGCAUCGACCGGGAAUCGAACCCGGGUCGCCCACGUGGCAGACGAGCAGUCUUCCACUGAACCACCGAAGAGCACUUUGGAAAAUCGAUGAAUCAAACUGCAUCGGCCGGGAAUCGAACACGGUCUUCCUACUGGCACGCGUGCAUUAUUCCACUGAACCACCGACGCGCACGGGUCAUCAUAUCUUUUACUUAAUUCAUUGGAAAUCCGAUGAAUCGAACAAGAAAAAUGCAUCGACCGGGAAUCGAACCCGGGGCGCCUGCGUGGCAGACGAGCAUUCUUCCACUGAACCACCGAUGCGCACUGUUCUUUACGUCUUUUUACUUAAUUCAGUUGGAAAUCUGAUGAAUCAAACAAUAAAAUUGCAUCGGCCGGGAAUCGAACCCGGGCCGCCCGCGUGGCAGGCGAGCAUUCUUUCACUGAAACACCGAUGCGCGCAGUAUAUCUAUCUAUCUAUCUAUCUAUCUAUCUAUAUGAAGAAAUAUAGAAGCAGUCAAAAAUUCUUUUGCGCCAAAUCUAUCUAUCUAUCUAUCUAUCUAUCUAUCUAUCUAUCAAAUAACUUUCCGUUGUCUGGAAGCUUAGUUUUGUCUUCUUUUAUCGAGUUCCUGGCAGGAGUGACUGGUUUCACGGGUCAAUUUGUGCGCUUCAUUAGCCCAGUGACCAUUGCUGUUACAAUCGCUACAAUCGGAUUUAGCGUGAUUGAUUUUACCAUCGAAUAUUCUCAAAGAUUUUGGGGCACAUCAAUGCUUUCAAUUAUUGAAUCCGUUGGUGACUAUUUCGCGGCAGCCAGUAUCUGUGGCACGGGUCGGCCUCCACAACACGCCGUCAAUCGAGGUAUUAUGUCUGAGGGUUUCACAGGGAUAGUGUCCGGUUUCAUGGGGGCAGGAAACGCCACCACUUCCUACAGCAAUCAUAUCGCUCUCAUUGGUGUCACAAAGGUGGCCAGUCGGAUUGUCUUGACCGCUGCAGGAAUCAUAACCAUUGUUCUGGCCAUGUUGGGUAAAGUAGCUGCCGUUCUUGCAGCAAUUCCAGACCCCGUCAUCGGUGGAAGUUUCUUUGUUGGCGUUGCUAUCAUGAUCUCUCUUGGAUUGAUCACCAUGCAGAAGGUCCGGCUAAAUACCCGGAACACGUUGAUUUUCGGUACGGCAAUAGGAUUUGGCCAGUUAUUGCCCCGAUGGAUUGCACGGUCACCAAAUGCCAUCAGCACAGGGAACUAUGAUGUCGAUCAAUGUCUUAAGGUUAUUUUGGGAACUGAAAUAUUUGUGGCAGCGCUUGUGGCUGCACUCUUGGAUAACACUAUUCCUGCGGCAUAUUCUCCAUUCGAAAUCUAUCUAUCUAUCUAUCUAUCUAUCUAUCUAUCUAUCUAUCUAUCUAUCUGCAUACACUCUUAA